AUGUAAUCAAUUGAUGAACAUUUAUAAAAGUAAUUUACAAGAAUUGCUUUGGCAGGAAGUACAAAAUGUGGUAAAACAACAUUAUUGGGAGUUUUAACAAAAGGGAUGUGUGAUAAUGGAAGGGGAUCAAUCAGAGAUUUAAUGGUUAAUUAUUCUCAUGAAGUUUAAAAAGGUGGAUAAACAGAAUCUGCAGUUUUUGAAUUAAUUGGAUUUGAUUAAUAAGGCAAAUAAGUUUUAUCAAAUGAGCAACCAAAAAAUAAAAGUAAAUAUUAAAGUGAGGUUUUUUAAUAAUCAAACUCUUUUUUAUAUCUAGUUGAUUUAUGUGGAGAUACUAAAUAUUUUAAGCAUUCCAUUUCAACUAUUAGUAAAUGUUUUUUUAAUCUGAUAAUAAUUGUUAUAGCAGCUGAUGAAGGUAUAUCUAGAAUUACUGUAGAAUGUUUAUUGAUUUGUUAAUUAUUUAAAAUACCUUUUAUUAUAGUGUUAACAAAAUGUGAUUUACUUUAAACUAGAGAAGAUAAAGAUAAUAUAAUAAAUAAAAUACAUAAUUAAAUUAGCAAUAGUUUCGUAUAUAGAAAGUUAGUUAUAGCAAAUGAUGGAAAAAUAUGUGCUAAUUUAAUGAAUGCAAGACUUCAAAGAAAUGACAAUUAAAGAGGAAUGAUAUGUCCAUUAUUUGAAGUUAAUUGUAUUGAUAGAAAUGGAACAGAACCACUAUUAGAAUUUUUAUUUCAUUUUAAAAAUUAGGAUCAAAAUAUUUCAGAAUUAAGAUCGUAAGAUUAACCAUUUAUGAUGGAUGUAUUUUAUGUAUGCAAUGUUAAAAAUAUUGGUGAAAUACCCUUUGGAUUAAUAAAAUCAGGAACUGUCAAACUAGAUUAAAUUGUAUCUGUUGGAGUUGAUGAUAAUAAACAAAUAUAAUGUGCAAAAGUAGCUUCAAUGUAAAAUGUCAGAUCUUCUGUCACUUAAGCAAAAUCUGGUGAAUUAAUUUGUCUCAUAUUACAACCAAUUACAUAAACAAGUAUUGACUUUUCAAAAAUUAAAAUUAUUGCUGAUCCUAAAAUCAAUAUCCCUUAUGUUAAGGCUUUUUGGGCUAAUAUAAGCAUACUUCCAAGUCCAACUACAGUUACAAUAGGUUUUAAACCAAUCUUAGAGCUUGGAAAUAUUACACAAUAAGUAACUUUAUCAAAAAUUCAUGGAGAUAAAUAAUUUCUCAAAAGUGGAGAUUGUGCUUUGGUUAAAAUUUAGUUUGUGGAUGAAGCUUAUGAAUUAGUUAAUGAAAAUUAAUAAUUUAUUCUACGAAGCAAUCACUCUAUAGCCUAUGGAUAAGUUAUUAAUAUUUCAUAAGAGGAUCUAAUAUAAAAUGAAUUAUGA